AACUCAGUCUUGGUUAUGUAGUGAUGCUUGGCGGCAACACUUGUGGCUCUUACAGAAAAAAAAUAAUUAAGCUGAAGAAUUUUGAGAUUUUCUGUGAUAACAAGUAGAAUGUGAAUACCCAAGUGACUAUUGUAUUCCGACGUCCUUACUGUGGUGUUGUCCCUGCCUAAGGAUGUCGCUGUCUCAAGACGCCAUCUAGAGCAGAUCAACAAUGAGCAACAGAAACAGUAAGGCAACUGCUGUUCUGAAGAAAGCAGUCAGAUAUGGUGACGAGGUGAUGGUGAUGGUCGCCUUUACUCUUGGUGCUGAUCCUAACACGGUCAUAUGGAAUUUUGCUUUAAAACAUUAUGUCUGCCUACUGAGCAAGGCGAUCAUGUCAAGUCACGACCACCUGGUGCCUCACCUUUUAGCAGCGGGAGCUCCCGUGAACGGUUUCAAGGAGUUACCUAUGAAACCUAUGAUCGCCGCGACAAGUUGGAGCAAUGCCAGAGUGCUGAGGUGGUUGCUUACAGCUGGUGCCGACCUGGGGACCACGAGUAAUGAUGGUAGGACGGCCUUACACCAAGCAGCAUAUUCUAACGAUGAGUCGUCUGUCAAGAUGCUCCUUAGUGCUAAAGCUGAUGUUAACGCUCAGGAUAACUGUGGUAAUCGACCACUGCACUGUGCUGCUGCACAAAACUUUCAUGGUAUUGUGCGGUUACUUCUGAAAGCUAGCGGUUGUGAUCGACAUGCUCGAAAUACGGACCAGUUCACAGCAUUGCACGUGGCAGCGUUGAAGGGGGGUCUGGAGACAUCACAGUGCUUGGUGGAGGCCGGCCUCGACCCUGAAGCUAAGCACAUCUCAGGACGCACACCUGGGGAUGAGGCGAGACUGGGAGGCCAUCAUCUUGUAGCGUCGUGGCUAAAGAAACUGACACGACCCAGACCUGCUCCUGAGACAGCUACGGUGGUGCUAGUGGAGCUUUGUUUGGAGACUUGUGAAACAGCCUAUUUGCUCAAGCUACAGGAUAUGAAAGAAGACGACUCCCUCGAUUUCCUGAGACUUAACACCCCCGCCUUAGGUGAGCACGAGCAGGACGCUUCUGGCCGGACACUCCUGCACUGGGCGGCGGCAGGCGGCCAGGAGAGGGCGGUGUAUGCCUUUCUUAAAUGGUCAAAUCAUUACCCGAACUCAGUGACCCGGGCUGGUGAGACGCCCUUUGACCUGGCAGUACGGGCGGGUCAUCACCUAGUAAUCGGGAUCCUUCAUGACCACAUGAUCAAUAUCCCACAGAUUCAAGGGUCACCCAGAGAACUCUUCAACCAGCUGCUGUCUGCUAUUAGCCUCGGUGACGACUACAAGCGAGUUGGUGACCUGUUACACGCUCGUGCCCCUCUGGAGGACCCGGAUGGUUGCUCUACCCUGCCUCUACCUCUCGCCAUAACGAGUAACCGACGCGAAAUUGUCAGUCUCCUGCUGGCAGUUGGGGCGCCUCUCACCACCACCUGCCAGGGCCUUAACCUGUUGGCCCUGGCUUGGCUCACACCUGACGUUAAUCCUCCCGUCCAGGUGACCAUCACGAGGGCCUUCCUUCACACACUGGAGGCUGAACGUGACAUAAUGGCACGCCAGCCACAACUCAGGGCAGGUGUUAAUCACAUCAUCUCUAUCAUAAAGAGUGACACUCCUUGGCGAGCCAGCUGGCCCAGUGGCGGGACAGUGGUCCACCUGACAGAGCUCAUGGUCCAGGCCGCCCGUCACAAGUGUACUUUGACUUGCAGCUUCAUCCAUCAGGCUGGUGGUCAGUCCUCCCUGUGUAGCAAGUCCGGUGUGAGUCCUCUACAUGCUGCCCUGGAGGCUGGGCACUGGAGCCUGACGAGACACAUGCUUAAGAACAUGGGAGGCUGUCUGUACGUAGCUGACUCAAGAGGUCGAUUGCCCACAACCAUGAUGUCCUCACAUCUCCGUCAGCAGCUAGAACAAAAUAUAUACCACAAGGAGAGGAACCAGCUGGAGGAGCUGCAGCUGAAGAUGAAAGACAAGGUGGACCAGCAGCAGGUAGAGGAGCUUCUCCGUGUUCAAAAAACUCUCUUCAAAUCCUACUGGAACAAGAUAACUGGGACCAGGAGGAACACAGACACACCCGAAUGUCAAAAGUCAUUCGACAAAGCUCAUUCUCUCUUGGUGGCGACUCAAGGUGGGAUGUUACAGUUGAUCUACCUUCUGGUGAAGGAGGGAGGAGUGCAAGUUGACACACAAGUGGAUUCAACAAGUGGCACCACCGGCAUCCACCAGGCUGCCUCUCAUGGCAAGUCUGGCAGCGUCCUCCUUCUUCAAAGUCUUGGCGCCGAGUCGUUACGCCAAGACCGUUAUGGUCAAACGCCGCCUCAUCUGGCAGCAAUGUUUUUCCACCAAAAUACCUUUGAUCUCUUUGCAGAGUUCUUAAAGGAGCAAGCACCACGCUGUAGGGCCGGGACGACCCCAACUCAAGUGAGAAAUAACUUCACAAGGUACCUGGAGAUGUAUCACAAAUGUGGACCAGACCAAACUGUGGACGCACAGAUAGAGAACGACCAGACAAGUGCUCUGAUGAACCUUCUCAAACGUAAAGACCUGGAGAACUUGUUGAAAGAUGUACGGAAGAUCACGGUUGAUUACACUAAAGGUGAGGCCCAAGAGGUCAAAGAGGCCAUAACAAAAGAGCUGAAGGCCAUUACAGACAUAGUAGCAGACAUUGACACGACGUACACAGGUAGACUCACACUGCUGGGAAGUACUGCAGACUCCACAAGACUCUACUGCCCUGAUGAGUUCGAUUUUAAUCUAAUUAUCAGGAAGUUCUCUAACGUGACAGUUACAGUUGAAGAACAGCCACAAAAAGACAUCGCGCUCAGCGGCCACAAGUUAAAUGUUGAGAUUAAGACAAAAAACCCAGGUCUUGAAGGUAACAAGUUGAUGAGUAACCUGUAUGAGCGAGUCAGGGAGAGCCUCGGCAGAUACGUAUUGCAGGACGACAGACUAAGCCUCGUGCCACCUGGGGUGAUCAGGACGCAGGUGGGAGUGGCACUGUCACUGGCUUGGCAGGGAAGUGAGUAUCCUUUGCUGUUGAUCGACAUAGACUUAGUGCCAGUGUUGCCUGCAGCUUGGCCUGAAGAGAUAGUCAGACCCUUCCUCACACCCGGCGACUCGCAGGUCAUCCACCUCAGCAACACUGGGGAUGAAAAAUGGCGGGGAAGCUUCGCCGCCACUGAGGUGGAGGUGGUGAAGCAGCUGGACCCUCAGGAGCGCCAGGUGUUCCUCGCUGGCAAGUCUCUUCUCUCCUACAUGAAGGCUGAACCCUGGAUGCCCAGAGAAGUGAAGAAUCAAUUUUCAUGGUGGGACUCCCGCUUUUGGACAAUCCCAAUUCCUGCAGGAUUCUGCUUCAAAAAUUCGUUCAUGAAGCUAUUGGAAAGGAAACGAAAGGAAGGAAGACAGUGGAGAGAGGAAGACACACUGUUACACAUGACGGAGGUCUUCGAGGGAAUGUGCCUGAUGAUAGAUGAGCGUCAGCGUUUCGUGCCAGCCAAAGUUCACGCUUACUUCGGUGGGGAUUGUGAGAAGCCAAAGGUGGGUGAAGGAGCUCCCGUUAUAACUAAAUUUCUAAAGAAGUUCGUUAAGCGUCGUCAGUGACGACAAUAUUUCUCUGAAAUAAUGAAGUAAAAGUUGUUUCCUGCCUGGAAAUACGAAAUGAGAAUUUAGAAAUUUAUAGGUGAUAGUAACAAGAAGAUCAACGAUUUUUUAUGAUAACCACAACUUAGGUUAUUUUAAGAUGGCAUAUAAUUGACAGUUCUUGAUCUGCUCGUUUGAGAUGUGUUUCUUACUAGAAAAUUUUGUAUUUCAAAAGUAAUUUGUGAUUAAGUAAUUCCAAGUAAACAUUGUUACUUCGAGGUGCAUAGUGUGUCAGGCACUGCGCCUCUUACAGUUACCAUGCCAUAU